AUGCCGAGCAUCGACAGCGCCAGCCGCCCCGCCACGGCCUCCUUCCUCGAGUCGAGAACCAGCCUGCCAUACCCUACGUUCUCGAAGGCUCAUAGUAGGGAGGCCGUUAACAAACCGGGAAUCCCUACCCCCGAUCCGACCGACCUGACCGAGGUGGAUAAAGAUGGUGGAGAUAAAGAUGAUAGCAAGCAACAACACUCCGACAACCAAAAUGCACCGCCGAGUCCGCCAUUGACUGGUGUUUCUUCACGCAAGGGAAGUGUUGUCGGAGAAAAAGAAGAGAAACCUGGUACGAAGUCGAAGGAUAACAAGGCGAAGAUUCGAAUCAAGACAGACUUGAACCGGUCGUCAUCAAGUUUACGCUCGAAAAGGGACGAUGCGAGCAAGACGAGCAAGAGCACCGUCCGACCGGAGACCCCUUCGAAGUCGAAACGUCCAAGUCAUAGCAAAGAUUCUCCACCUCGCACCACAAGCCACAAGCCUUCCAAAUCAAAGCUUGACGAGGAAUAUAUCCAACGCAAGCGGUCUCCCGCGGCUGUAUCUAUCUCUCCUCCCCGUUCGCCCGCAACUGUUCGCGAUGCUGGUCUAGAAUCUGCCAACGGCUCUGACGCAACAAUCGCCGCGCCUCGCCAUUCCCCUUCUACAAGAAAAACAACAAAGAGCCCAGAGAAGCCUCCGUCCCGCAACCAAACUCGGUCUUCCAUGUCCAAUCGUCCGAUAUCCGCACACCGCACGCCGUUCGAGGCUGCAAUGGAAUAUGGCCGACCGCCGACUGUCAACUCCACAUACGGCACCCCACCACCUCCGCCCCCGCCCCCAGAAGUUCCAGUAUCUAACCCCCGCGUUGAUUAUUUGCUUCACAACGGAGGUCUGGAUCAUCCGGUACCUAAGAAUCUCCUGCUAGGCGCUGGCUUCGCCGAGCAUCCCAACUUCCCCGCCCAUAUAGCCGCUGGUAGGGUCUUUGAGCCCUUCAACCGCCUCUUGGACGACUACCAGAAGGUUGUGGGUAAGAACGGCUCUCUCGCUGUAGCGACUGGAUCUCGCUCGGUAGCUCGUCGCCUGCUCGACCGAUUAGAGGCUGUUUUCGCCCGUGAUAUCUCGUCGGAGGCGUGCGAGUGCUUGAUGUGUCAGCGUGAGCAGCUGGAGGAAUUGCCGUCGGGCGUAAGCUGGGGCGAAGUACUGGAGCUGGUAUCCGGUCGUCGAGAACUUCCCAACUGGCCGCCCUUCAUCCUCACAACAGAGCUCGGCGCCGCGGAUCUCUCCGGUGACGAGCACAUUCCCAUGCAGAAGAUGGACAUUGACGUUCCGGAAGAGUACCGCGACCAUUUCCUGCGGCAAUCUCGCAAGACAAAAGUCGCCGUUGAUAAAUGGCUGAACGAACAAGUCGACCAGCCGACAAGUGCACCGGAAGAGGUCGAUGAUGAGACACUGACAUUUGCCAUGUUGACCCACCUCGGACCCGAGCAAAGGCCCGUUUUCUGCGCGUUGCUGGGUAUUUCUUCGGCAUCGCCAACUCCACGACCGGAUGGCCAGCCUCGACAAAGGCCCCCUGCUCUCGUAUCGUCGUCCUUUGCCAUCCAGCGGCUGUACCGCCUGUCGUCUACCCCUCGAGAUCCCGAAACUGCAAUGUACAUGUUAAACAACCCCGGAAUUCACCAUGUACUAGCCACGCUUGCAGCUAUUAGCGACGAUGAGUGGGACAUUCUAAUCUCAGGCCGGUUCGACGGAUUCCUUCGCAGCGGAGCGGAGGACACGUUCCCCGCCAACGGCGCAACCCCGCCUCGCUGGCACAGCCGAUCAACAACUCCCUUCAGCACCGGAGGACGGAUGUCUCGAGGCCCAACCCCCAGCCCUCUCGAUCGCCCAAUGAGCCAACCAUACGGUCCAGGCUCACCAGGCUCAUUCGGCGGCCCAAUUGCCCUCGACGAGGAAAUGGAAAUCGCAGCUCUGGCAGAAGUGGAGCGUGAAAUCUACGCGGGGAUGGAAGCGCUUGAAGAUGCCUUCGAGGCGCUCCACUGCAAAGCAGAAGCCGUCCGCCUCGCGCUCCGAGAACGCGGAGCCGGGCUCUCAAUCGCCAACCAGAACCGUCGGGGCACAUUCGUCGAAGCUCGGCUUGGUACACCGGCGUCCGCAUAUCCUUGGGAAAGCGGCACGGACGACGACUUCCUCGACGACGCUCAGUCCCUGGCGCCUGAUGACUCGGCUAGCAAUAUCAGCUCCAACCGACGGCGCCGCCCGAAACGACGGACUGAGCGCCGCACCCCUGCGCCCGUGGAAGAGGAAGACGAGGGCGAGGAGGGCUCGCACGUUGGGCGACGAGAUAGUCGGAACUCGAGGAGGAGAUAA